AUGGCGACUUCAGCCGCCAGCGGGCUACCUACGACGCGCGUCGACGUCCCCUCAUGGAACGGCGAGGCAGACAAGUUGACGAGCUACAAGUUUGAGGUCUCCAUGUUCACCAAGAGCAUCAAGACUGCGGAGCGCUACGUGUGCGGCCCGCAGCUGGUGCGCGCCCUCGGGGCGCGAGUCCGGACGACGGUGGAGAGCUGCCCGGACAUCGACACGGUCGACGAGAUCGACAAGGAUGGAGUUUUGAUUGGUUGGAACAAAGUGUUUCAGUACGUAUUGGAGAAGCUGGACUUCACCAGCCUGAAUGAUACGGGCCUCCUCGCGGAGGAGUUCUUCCUGAAGGUCAGCCGGAACUCGGGCGAGACCUUCCAGGACUGGGCCGCCAGAUUCGAGAAGAAGGAGCGGGAGCUGUUGGUGCAGCUCCAAGUCAUUGAUUCCAGCGUGACGGAAGUGAUUGCGAAGCCUCUUCGGACAUGGUGGUUCCUUCGGAAGUCCAAGCUAUCCCCUGUUCAACGUGGAGAGAUCACCGCCACUGCAGGUGGCGACCUCAACUUUGGCAAGACAUACAAGGCCUUGCUCACGCGCUUCCCGGCGGAGGCGCUGGCGGAGCUCGACGGCAAGCAGCACCGUAAGGCCUUCUAUGAGGACACGCCCGUCGACGACGUUGAGGACGAGACUGGUGGGGAAGAUAUUGAUUUCACAGAGGUUGUCGAGCAGCUGAUCACCCUCGCUGAAGAAGAUGAAGAUGAGGAGCCAGCUGACGACAACCCAGCGGACAACGAGGUGUUCGCAGAGUUCAAGCAGGUGGGCAGGAGCUUCAAGGACGCUCGCGACCUGAUCCGACGCCUUCGAGUGUCCCGCGACUACUACCCGGUCGUGUCGCUCAAGGACCCCGAUCGCGUGCCCCCUCCUCCAAACCCGGGACGAGGCUUCCAGCGUGGCCGUGGCAAGAACGGUCGAGGCCGCGCUCGCUUCGACACGGGCAAGGGACGUGACAUGUCCAAGAUGAAGUGCAUCGCGUGCGGCGAAUAUGGUCAUCGAGCGGCGGACUGCAACGAGAGGUUCAAGAAAGAUAACACGAGAGAUGGAGCUCGUGGGACUACUCACAACGGCUUCGUCCUGUCCGCCCUCGACGAGUACCUCUACCUCCUGGAGCGCGACGGCAUCUGGGCGAUCCUCGACAUCGGGGCCACGAAGAGCCUCGGCGGCCUCGAGAGCGUCGAGAACCUCAUGUACGAGAUGCUGGACCAGCACGGCCAGGAGUUCGAGACGACACAUGACGAGUGCUCAUUCACCUUCGGCGACGGCCUCCAGAAGAGCUCGAUGGGCACGGUGAAGGGGAACGUGUUCCUCGGCGGCGACCUGACCGAGGUCAAGCUGUCGGUGAUGCCGAACCGCGUGCCGAUCCUCCUGGGCAUGGACAUUCUGACUGACUCGCUGAAGGUUGUGGUCGACUGCGGCCGGAACUGGAUCGGCCUUCCGACCAUGGGCAACAAGGUGUUCUUCUGCGAGCGCCUCUCGAGCAACCAUCUGGCCGUCAACCUGACGACGCCGCAGUGGUGGAAGGAGGUGCCGCUUUCCUUGCCGAGUGCCGGGUGCCUGACGUCCGAAGCGACGGCGCCCGAUGUUCUGGUCGAGGAGCUGCCCGAAGAGGCCGCUCCGUGCAGCUGCUGCCCUGCGGGGAUCGACAACUUCGGCUCCAGCGACCCCGACGCCAGCAUCAGCAGCAACACCAGCUAUUCCGGCAAGAGCCACACGUGUACGAAGGCGACGGAGGUGACCAUCCGGGAGCAGGCAGUGGCUCUACGCUGGCGGCGCCUGUCCAACAAGCUGACCUCCCCGGAGGUGCAGGGGGGCUGGAAGUUCACUCCGGAGAUGCUCGACGACUCGGAACUGCCGGAGAUGGACUCGAAGAGGAAACGCUGA